AUGUCUCUGACCAGCGCAGCGGUACAUGGGCCCUCCUGGAAGAAUCAUAGCUUCGGCAUGGAGGGGGGAAGAGACCCCCCCCUCUCCGACCAGGGAGAGACUAUCAUUGGAAUCUACCUCCUGCUGCUUGGAUGGACUUCCUGGUUUGGAAACAGCAUCGUCCUCUUCGUUCUCUACAGACAGCGAGCUUCGCUUCAGCCCACUGACUACCUGACCUUCAACCUGGCCAUUUCUGAUGCCAGCAUUUCUGUUUUUGGCUACUCUAGAGGCAUCAUAGAGAUCUUCAACGUUUUCCAGGACAGCAGCUACUUCAUAUCCUCCAUUUGGACCUGCCAGGUGGAUGGUUUCUUCACAUUAGUGUUUGGUCUGAGCAGCAUCUUUACGCUGACAGUGAUUAGCAUCACCCGCUACAUCAAAGGAUGCCACCCACACAGAGCACAUCAUAUUACCCGGACCAGUGUAUCGAUCUGUCUGCUCCUCCUCUGGGUCGCCGCUGGGUUCUGGUCUGGAGCUCCAGUGCUUGGCUGGGGUAGCUACACAGAUCGGGGGUACGGUACCUGUGAGAUUGACUGGUCCAAAGCCAGCUAUUCAAGCAUCUACAGGUCCUACAUCAUCUCCAUCUUCAUUUUCUGCUUCUUCACGCCUGUGCUCAUCAUGCUCUUUUGCUAUGUGUCUAUCAUCAACACGGUGAAGAGAGGCAAUGCCCUCUCUGCUGACGGAGACCUGACAGACCGUCAGAGGAAGAUUGAGAGAGACGUAACAAUUGUUUCCAUUGUGAUUUGCACAGCCUUCAUCUUGGCCUGGUCCCCAUAUGCAGUGGUCUCCAUGUGGUCUGCCUGUGGUUUUCAUGUGCCUAACCUGACCAGUAUCUUCACCCGGCUCUUCGCCAAGUCUGCCAGCUUCUACAACCCUCUGAUCUACUUUGGUCUCAGUUCCAAAUUCCGCAAAGAUGUAGCCAUCCUGCUUCCCUGCACCCAAAAUGGCAAAGAUGCCGUUAGGCUCAAGCGCUUCAAGCCAAAGCCCGACGCUCAUGGACACCGUGGUGGAGGAGAAGGAAGAGCCAGACUCAAAGGUCCUCUGAACCUCUCAGUGAAAAAGUACUCGCCGAUGAAGGAGACCCCUCAGGCUACUACCCCAGACCCUGCAAAGGAAACCACACUGCCUUGUCCAUUACCUGGGACAAUAAAACCCAGCCCAGAGGAGGUGUACUUCAUCAACAUGCCCCUUCCAUCUGAGGCCAGCUCUGAGUUUGAAUGUGUCAGACUCUAACAGCAAAGUCACAGACUCUGCAGCUAAAAGCAGAUUAUUAUAAACUCUAAAAAGAUACUUUCUGU